AUGAGAGAGUUCAAAUCAUUUAGCACCACAGAACAGAGUACAUUACCACAGGGUCACAGGAACCCAACUUACAGCGAGAUUUACGCUGAACCUGAGAACUUUCUAGAGGUCGAAGUGAUCAAUCCAAAGACUCACGUCCCAAAUGGGUCUGAUACGAGGGGAAUGUUUACGGAUUACGAGAUCAUUUGCCGUACGAAUCUUCCUAGUUUCCACAAGAGGGUUUCAAGAGUAAGAAGAAGGUAUUCUGAUUUCGAGUUCUUUCGUAAAUGCUUGGUGAAGGAGUUGUCCAUGUAUAGCAAUCACCCCAAAGUUGUGAUCCCCCAUCUUCCAGGGAAAAUACUACUGAGCAACAGAUUCAAUGAUGAUGUGAUCGAAGAGAGGAGACAGGGUCUUAACAAGUGGGUAGAGGCCGUGGUGGGACAUCCACUCUUACAAACCGGAUCUAAGACCCUUGUAAGGUUCAUCGAGGAGCCGAAAUUCGUCGGAUAG